AUGUGCCCGACCCCGUCCUGCCGUGCUGGCAAGCAGUGGGAUUGGAACUGGCGUAUCAUCAAGAAUGGCGGAGCGUGCUCGGUGUGUGGACAGGCGCAGCAGCUCUACUCUCCGAAGAAGAAGAAGGACACGCCCAAGGGAGGAUCGCCGAAGGGGCCUGGGCCAGCUGUGCCUGCCGCUUCAUCUCCUGCGAUCUUCAGCCCCUGGGGUAAGGCGAAGCUCAUCAACCAGCUUGAGGCCCUUGUGCAGCAAGAUGCAUCGGUUACGGCUUCAGUUCUCGCCAUCAAGCUGGCAGUCGAGACGCCAGCGUUGCCGAGGUCGCGCACACCCUUGGAGCAGCUCCAGUCGACGGAGGCCAAGGCGAAGCAGGCGGCCACCAACGCCCACAACUUCCUCUCGGAGAUUGCCAACUUGGAGACGCGCCUCGAGCAGGCGCGCAAGGACUACGAUCAGGCCAUGGAGGAGCUCGUGGAUGCCGAGGAGGCCCACGAGGCCGCGGUCCUGGCCUACAACAAGGAUCGUGCCCAGACGGCUCCUGAGGUCAAGCCCGAGUCUGUGCCCGAUUUCUUGGCAGCGUAUGAAGAUAAGCUCAAGAGUAUCGCGAUUGAUGAGUACGAGGAUGGAGAGGCCAAGGACAAGCUGCAGACGGCCCUCACGGCCAUGGAUGAGGCCAAGGACCAGGCCGCGGCGGUCAUCCACGCCGUCCAGACGGCCCUCGAGGGGGUCAAGCUGGCUGCAGCGCAGGCUGAAGGCGGCGCUGCGGUGGGCACCGCAACUGGCGCCGAGGGAGCCAAGGCGGCGGCCGCGGCCGCAGCCCCAGCAGCCCCGUCUGACGCUGAGGCCAAGGCUCGUGCCUCCAAGGUCAAGGCAGCACGAGAGCGACUUGAGCAGUCUGCUGCGAAGGCGAGCCCAGUCGCGAGGCGCGCAUGCAGGCAGCCACCUGGCCCGCCCUUCGACGACGGGAACAGGAGUGAGCUGCGUGGCAUCAGUGACAUCGGAGUUGGCACCUUCGACUUCGGUCUCAGGCAGCCCCCAUCUGGCCCGAUCUACGGGGAUGGGGACACGAGCGAGGUGCGAGGCAUCGCCAGUUCCGUGGAGGUUGACUCCGUCGGCCUCGAGUCCAGGCAGCCUCCAUCUGGCCCGCUCUUCGGGGGUGGAGGCACGUGCGAGCUGCGUGGCAUCUUCAGCGACAUCGGAGUUGUCGUCUCCGACCUCGGUGUCAGGCAGCCCCCACCUGGCCCGCUCUACGGGGAUGGGGGCACGAGCGAGGUGCGAGGCAUCGUCAGCUCCGUCGAGGUUGGCCCCUUCGACCUCGAGACCAGGCAUCCUCCAUCUGGCCCGCUCUUCGGGGAUGGAGGCACGUGCGAGCUGCGUGGCAUCUUCAGCUCCAGUGGAGUUGGCUCCGUCGGCUCCGAUUACAGGCGCCCUCCAUCUGGCCCGCUCCUAGGGGAUGGAGGCACGAGAGACAUUGGAGUUGGCGUCAUCUACUUCGGUGUCAUGCAACCCCCAUCUGGCCCGCUCUACGGGGAUGGGGACACGAGCGAGCUGUGUGGCAUCGUCAGCUCCGAUGAUGGCGUCCCAGUCUACUACGGGGAGUGGCAGCCUCCAUCUGGCCCGCUCUUCGGGGAUGGAGACACGAGCGAGCUGCGUGGCGUCAGCAGUUACACGGCACCUCACCGUGCUGGUGCGUCGCUUUUCUUUGCGAAUGUCACGGAAUGGGGGCCCCGUAUCCGCCAGUUUGUGGUUGAGCAUAAGAGUAAGUAUGGCAUGAUGGCGUUUGUGAAGACUCACGUCACCGAGGCGGAGCUCAUUCGGUAUCGUGCCAGUCUGGACGUUGACGGUUGGAAGUUAUCGGCUUGUGCUGCGGUGGGCACGGGUCGGUCUGCGGAGGGCACGAGUGGAGAUGAGUGGGUUCUGGCGCGGUCCCAUCUUGCUACCGCGUCCUUCGAUCGGCAGAGGGCCCUGAUGACCAAGGAGCGCCUGAAGGAUCCCUGCCGAGGCUGGGUGCCAAUUGUCUGGCAUCUGCGUGUAGGCAACCUCAUGGUGAUCGCUGCCUACUUCUUGCCCAAGCACGGUUUCGGAGGCCUCAAUCUUCAUAGGUGGGCUUCUCUGCGAGCCUUUUUGGCAUCAGUAUCUGACCCGUGGAUCAUUGUUGCAGAUUGGAACCUGACCCCGACUGCCCUGGGGCGCAACUCGUUCCUCAAGGAUGUGGGAGGCACAAUCGUCCUCCCAGAUGUCCGUGUCACCUGUGACAAGGGCGCGGGGUCGCUCAAUGCGGUGGCGUCAGUGUCGGUGGCAGACUUAGUCUCGGUCAAGGGCGUCCUCACCGUUCCUUGGAAGGUCCACUGUGGCCUCCAUGUUGAGAUACAGGGCACGUCGACGGCAUGGUGGCACCGCGCUUUGGUCUUGCCGCGGCCGCUCCCUGCUGUGGAUCGGCCACCGACGGCCCCUGACCCGCAGAGCAAAACCUACCAGCGCAAGCAAGCAGCCCUUCAGAGGCGCAAGGAGGCCCUGCCUCCAGAUCAUCAAGAUGCGUUUCACGAGCUCCAUCAGCCCCCUGAUCUUCAGGGUUUGACUGGCGAUGUCUUUGAAGUCAGCCUGGAUCGAUGGAACUCUAACUCGCCCUCUGGAGCGGAUGGAGACGGUUGUCCGAAGUACACCUUCACGGCGGAGAUGCGCAUGAUCAGCGAGUCUCCUAUCGUCUCAUGGGCCCUCGAGGGGAACGACCAGCUAUCCCAAGACUAUGGCAAGUGGGUCCACCAGGUUGAGCAGUCCCUCCUUGACCCGAACCUCACGGCCCAGGAGCGUGCGCCUUUCACUGGCAGGGCCCGAGGGUUGGCAGUCACUUGGAAGAAGUCGGUCUCGUCGCCUGGUCGAGGUGUCCACAGUCUUACCAGCGACCAGAUGGUUGAGGGAUCGUGUCAGGUCGUGGUGGCAGUCGAGGCGGUUGCAGCUUGUGAGGUGGCGAGGGGCAUCGGCAAGGCUCGCAAGGCCUACGCCGACUGGGAUGCCACGGUGGUGACCACUCCCAGAUCCUUUGCCGCCAAUGCGGUGGCCGACCCCAUCGCGAUCAUGGCCAACAAGUCGACGAAGUGGGGCAAGAUUUGGAGCGAUGCAGUGGAUACCCCAGCUAGUAUUAUUCAAGCGCUGAGCGCAAUACGGCACAAAGCAGCUGAGGAGGACAUCCCUCCGUUGCACUGCGAGCAGCUCCAGGCUGCUAUCCGAGUCACGGGCAACAAGAAGGCUCGUGGAGUUGAUGGGCUUGGUGCUGGCGACCUGGGCCGCCUGCCGACCCAUGCCCUCGAGGAGCUCAGGGAUCUGUUCCAGCGAUGUGAGGCAGCCCAGGCAUGGCCGUUGCAGUUGGCGGCCACUCUAUCUGCCCUUGCCCCGAAGCCGUCGGGAGAGGGGGACCGUGUGCUGGGCAUGGUGCCGCUGCCUGUCAAGCUGUGGUCGCGU